AUGCCAUCAACAUCUGGAAACCUUCCAAGCAUCCAAAAUCUCAUCCAGAUGCCUGAGAAAGCUCCUAAUCUUAAGAGAAGACAAGGAAGAAAUAAACAGCAUGCGACAAUUUUGACUUCAACACCGAUCAAAGAUGUUCUGAUUGAUAAAGAAAACAAAAGGAAGGUUAAAGCUGAGAAAACUAAGGGAAAAGGAAUAGAAAAAAAAAGCAAGCUACAGAAGGACAAUAUUAAGAGGGUUAAGAAGAAAAUUCUCCAGGAAAAUACUUCGACGUCAGACGUGAACACGGAUGAUUUAUGCCAGGAUGGUGAAGACGACGAUGCAGAAGGCGCAAAUAACAUGUGUAUUGUAUGUGGUGAAUUUGGACAAGACAGCGAAUUAUGGUAUCGGUGCACGUCUUGUGGCCUUUGGGCUCACGCCGACUGUACUGGGAGGGAUUCUGCUUCCAAUUAUGUAUGCGACAUGUGUUGA